CUCCAAUCCACCUGAAGCGUCUUUUCCUAAUUUCCUCUGGCUUGUAAGUUUUGGUUAACCAGGCGAAUAAAUUAUUACGUGAGUUAAUUUUUAAGGAGGUAAAUCAGUAACAUUAUUCUGGUCAACACUAAGAAAUUAUAACGCUUUUUGGACUACCGAAAUUAACCUCACUUAUAGAAUUUACAGUCGGAUCCAAGCUGUUGAAGAUGCCGCAGGUACUUGAAGUUUAACAACAACUAAUCUCAUCUGGCUAGCGACUGCAGGGGAUGUUGAGCACGGCGUUCCCACUAGUCAUAUGGUGCGGAUACAUGACGAAGCGCCUUUAGGUGAGUCCGUCAAAACUAAUGUGAUCAGCACCCAAUUUCGAAGACUUAGAAUACAUACUAACCAAGAAGCGUGGUUACUGUAAAGCCUCCAGGCGACGAUGUUACUUUUUUAAACUCAUAUUUCUUUACACCUUCUACUCAUAUCGCUCAGGUCAUCCUUUCCAUAAAUUGUAGGUUGAAUGUGAGGCGCGACGUUUAUUUCCUAUCUCUUCGGUGCUCUGGUGGCUGUCAAGUACUUGUGUCGGACUUGUCCGGACCUGAUUAGCGCCAAUUUAAGUUUGGAAUAACUCUCCUGAUAAAACUGCAAUACGGCUACAGCAAGUCCAACUAAUUCGAAGACUACAUACCCGUAGCCAAUCCAUCUAUUUGUUUGAACGAUGCCUCCAAAGAGAAACAUAAGAAAUAAGGAUGAUGAUGAAGACGAAAGUGUUAGGGCUAAUGCUAACAACAACGAGAGAAAAAACACAAAGUCGGGGAAUAAGAAAAAUAGAGAUACCGAGGAUGAAAGUAUUAAAGCUGAUACUAAUAACAAUGAGAAAAGAAACACAAAGUCGGGGAAUAAGAAAAAUAAGGGGAAAGCUGCUAACCAUGUUCCUUCGGAUUCUGAAGAGGAUAAAGUAGUUCCAGACGACUCUAUUGCGAAGAAAAAGGAAAAAAAGAACAAAGGGAAAGAACAAUUAGUCAGUGAUAUAGUUGAGAAGCAAAGGGACACACAAAUGCGAAUGGAAAGUCAUAAGUCUAGUAAUGAAUCUCUCAAAUCAGAUGAAGUUGAUGACGAAUUUUACAAAAAGAAAAGAAAAGCGGGACGUAAUACUGUUAAACGCGCAGAUUCUGAAGACGAAGGGGAUGCAAAUAAGACAUCAAAUAAAAAACAGGGGAAAAAGAAAGGUAAAUUAAAUGGGAUUGAUGCAGAACAGAGGGGUCAAAAAGCUGAUAUCCAACAAAAAACAGAAGUUUGUGAUUCCAAAAUGAAUUCAAAUCGUGAAACUCCACAAAUGGAUUAUGAACUUGAUGAGAAGUCUACAAAACCUGAAGAGAUUGAUGACGACUUCUAUACAAAGAAAAGAAAGGUCGGUCGUGGAAAACAAAAACCAGAACAUGAAGAACUAUCUAAUCAAAAUGCAACUGGUAAGAAAAAGAAGCAGAAACCCGGAAAAAAGAAACAUGACGAUGGAUUCGAUAGUGAACAAGAAGACCUUGAUGGCUUGGCCAAAGCUAUGACAGUUGUUUCUUUAGAUAGUGAAAUAGAUUAUCUUAAUCCUCAAAGCACUAAGUUUGAUGGGUUUUCAGCAAUUUCUCUUGAUCAUCAUACCACAGUAAACAAUCCAGAGACAACCGAUGAUGUCCAUAUUAUAUCUGAUGACCCCUUAGAUAGUAAACCCCAGAUUGACGUUACAGAAUCAAAGCCACCUACUGAUAAUGAUAUUAAUUCACUGACGAACAAGUGUUCGACUACUGAUAUAGAAUUGGAGGAUGAUACUUCUUCUAAGCCAACUUUAAUUGAAGAAAGCGUCACGGAAAUUGAUGCUAAUGCCGUAAAACCAAAGAUAUCAAAGAAGGAGCUUAAGAAGCUUAAAAAGAAAGAGGAGUUUGAAAAGCUUGUUGAAAAUGCAAAAGCUAAAAUUAUCGCAUCUUCUGGAACACUCGAUAACUUUGCACUUUCGCAAGCUUCUGGUAAUACAAAAUCUGAACAACAGGAUAAUCAGCUUGAUAUACGAGUUGAAAAUUUCUCGAUUGCCGCUAAAGGAAAGGAUUUAUUUGUAAAUGCAUCCCUUCAAAUUACCCAUGGCCGUCGUUAUGGGUUAGUGGGGCCUAAUGGCUAUGGGAAAACUACAUUGCUUCGCCACAUUGCUACCCGAGCGAUCAAUAUCCCUGCAAAUAUCGAUGUGCUUCUUUGUGAACAAGAAGUUGUAGCUGACUCUACACCCGCAUUUGAAAUGGUUCUCAGAUCGGAUAAAAGACGAUUAGAAUUAUUAGAAGAAUGUGAAAAGCUGAAAUCUCUCUUAGAAACAGAUCAAAGUCCAUCUGUAGUUGACAAGUUUAAUGAGGUUUAUGAAGAACUUGUUGCGAUUAAAGCUGAUGCAGCAGAAGGCAAAGCUAGACGUAUAUUAUCUGGUCUAGGUUUCACGAAAAAUAUGAUGGACAGACCUACUAAAGAUUUAUCAGGAGGUUGGAGAAUGCGUGUCAGUCUGGCUAGAGCUUUAUUUUUGGAACCAACACUUUUACUACUAGAUGAACCGACAAAUCAUUUAGAUUUGAAUGCAGUUAUAUGGUUAGAUAAUUAUCUUCAAAGUUGGAAGAAAACUCUCCUGAUUGUUUCACAUGACCAGUCAUUCUUAGAUAAUGUUUGUACAGAUAUCAUCCAUUUAGACCAACGUCAGUUAUUCUAUUAUAGAGGCAAUUAUAUUAACUUUAAAAGUAUGUUUAUCCAACGUAGAAAAGAACAGUUGAAGGAAUAUGAAAAACAAGAAAAACGUCUUAAAGAAUUAAAACAAUCUGGAAUGAGUAAUAAACAAGCUCAAGCAAAAAAUCAGCGUGAUGCAUUAACAAGAAAACAGGCGAAAAAUAAGCAAACUUCUAAUGAACUUAAUGAUAAUGGAAAACCACAAUUAUUAUCUAAACCAAAGGAGUAUGUUGUUAAGUUCACGUUUCCAAAUCCAACUCCCAUUUCUCCUCCUAUACUCGGUUUAUACAAUGUUACUUUUGCUUAUCCAAAUCAAAAACCGUUGUUUAAAGAAUUGAACUUUGGUAUAGAUAUGACUUCUAGAAUUUCAAUUGUUGGUCCCAAUGGUGUUGGAAAAUCAACAUUUUUAAAACUACUUACGGGUGAAGUACAACCGACUGAUGGAGAACGUCGGUUAAAUCAUCGUGUUAAAAUUGGCAAGUACGAUCAACACUCUGCAGAUCAAUUAAAUUUGAGUGAAACACCAACUGAAUAUUUACAACGCCUUUUCAAUCUAAAUUAUCAAGAUGCUCGCGCAACAUUGGGUAAAUUUGGUUUAGAAGCUCAUGCACAUACUAUUCCUAAUGCUGACCUGUCAGGUGGACAACGUGCUCGCGUUGCUUUUGCUGAAUUAUCACGUCGGGCUCCAGAUAUUUUAAUAUUAGAUGAACCUACAAAUAACUUAGAUAUUGAAUCAAUUGAUGCAUUAGCUGAUGCUAUCAAUGAAUUUGAAGGAGGUGUUAUUGUUGUCAGUCAUGAUGAACGUUUAAUUCGAGAUACAAAUUGUAUUUUAUGGGUUAUAGAAGAUCUUGGAAUUAAUGAAAUAGAUGGUGAUUUUGAUGAUUAUCGUCGUGAAAUUUUAGAUUCUCUUGGUGAAGAAAUAUCUAAUCCAAGUAAAGUGGCUGCAGUUGCUGGAUGUUUAUCUUAAAUAAAUUUUUAUUGUAAACAAAAAAACAAGACAGGUUACAAUGUGAAUGUUUCUAGUAAAUCUUCAGAUUAGAAUUGUUAUUUCUUUAUCUAAUGUAAUGUAUAUUUCUACAAUUAUGUACAGUUCUAUAUUUAGUUUAUUCAAGAUCUCUUUUUCCAUGCAUGAGAUAACAUUUACUCUCUCUUCCACUUUUCUAUUCGUUAUUAUUUCAGGUUUGUUAUAAGUGGUAUUAGAGAAUGUUUCAAUUAUUGUUUUAUUAUAUAUAUAACGGCUUAGGUAAUCUUCAACUUCAUAUUUCUAUGUGUUUGUUAGAUUUUAUAUAAUUUUACUAUCUUUUAUAUUCAACCUGUUUGUGAUUAUUUCAUUUAGUCAGAUAGAAAAAUGAAAAGUGAUAUAUGAUAUUUCUGAAGUUAUUCUAAUCUCUAACUUAUUGGUUAAUGUUGUAUACAUUAUAAGCUUGAUAUGAGAUAUUUUGUUACGAAUAAAGUUGAAAUAAACUUUUGGUUUGUCUUUUUGCUUUUUGUUCUUCGUUUUAGUUGUAAAAUUUUCAUGAAUUUGAUAUUUUUAAAAAACACUUGUCUGAAUGUUUCAUAUCCUCACAAUAUAUAUUCAUUAAUGUGAUCAUGUCAAAUUACCAAAUUGUGUACAAUGAUUCAGAAUGGGUUUUGUGGAGAGUUUUAGAAAUUUCACAGGUUGAAAUCAUGAGUCGAUUGAAGCUAGACCACCAUGGAAAACCUGGAAGCACUGGACGGCCGUUCCGUCCUACUGUAGGACUCCUCAGCAGUGCGCAUCCACGACCUCGCCCCCUGCGAGAUUCGAACCCAGGACCUGCUGGUCUCGCGCCGGAGCACUUAACCAC